ACUACAACUCCCAUAAUCCCCUGACUGACUCUGGUAUCAUGGCUGCCUCCUGUAUGGCAGCUAGUGAGCUGCUUCAUAACAUCAAAUUAAUACAUUUUGUUAGACGAACAAGCUCUUCAAGGCUACAUUUUAGCAGUCAACUUCUGCAGGCCCAAAGGGAUCCACAGCAGCUGGUCGGAGUGGUCGGUUUGGAAAUACACGCCCAGAUUAGCUCAAACACCAAACUGUUCUCUGGCUCCUCGGUUCAGUUUUUAGCUCCUCCAAACUCCUUGGUUUCAUUCUUUGAUGCUUCUUUGCCUGGCACACUACCCGUUCUCAACAGGCGGUGUGUUGAAGCAGCAGUGAUGACAGGACUGGCUCUCAACUGUACCAUCAAUAGGAGAUCCCUCUUUGACAGGAAACACUACUUUUAUGCUGACCUUCCUGCAGGAUACCAGAUCACUCAGCAGCGUCGCCCAGUGGCAGUGGACGGGAUGCUUACCUACAGCGUCCUGGGAGGGAAGAAGAGAAACCAGGUGAUCAGGAAAAACGUUCACAUUAAACAGAUUCAGCUGGAACAAGACAGUGGGAAGAGUCUGCAUGAUGACGUCCACAGUCAGACACUCAUCGACCUUAACAGAGCAGGUGUAGGCCUAAUGGAGCUGGUGAUGGAGCCGGACAUGAGCUGUGGAGAGGAAGCAGCAGCAGCUGUCAGAGAGCUUCAGCUCAUCCUGCAGGCCCUCGGUACCUGUCAAGGUAACAUGUCAGAGGGGCAGCUAAGAGUUGAUGCCAACGUGUCAGUACACAAACCAGGAGAGCCGCUGGGAAUCAGGACGGAGGUGAAGAACAUCAACAGCAUUAGAUAUCUGGCCAGGGCUAUAGACUUUGAGAUCCAGAGACAGACUGAUGUUGUGCAGAGAGGAGGGACCGUGCAAAACGAGACCCGGGCAUACGAUUCCAAAUCGGGGGAAACUGUUGCAAUGAGAGACAAAGAAGGUCUUCAGGACUACAGGUUCAUGCCAGAGCCCAACCUGCCCCCCCUGAUUGUGUUUGAGGAUAACGCAUCGCUGCCUGCGGGUAUCGACGCGUGCCAGGCGGUAGUGGUUCAGACGAUAAAGGAAGGGCUGCCAGAGUUACCCAGCAUCAAAAGAGACAGGCUGGUUCAGUUGUACGGCAUCCUGCCAGAGCACAGCUUCACUCUGGUGAAUGAGGAUGGGUUGAUGGAGUACUUUGAGGAGGUGAUGAAGUCAACCAAGAGGGAGCCCAGGAAGGUGAUUGGCUGGGUGACCAACGAGUUGUUAGGACUCCUCAAGCAGCAAGAACUGAGCGUGAGCCAGAGCCCAGUCGUUCCCGCUGCCUUGGCUGAGCUGUUGGAGCUGCAGGAAGCAGGACACAUCUCCUCUUCUGUUUCAAAGCAGGUGUUUCAGGAGAUGUGGAGGUCACCGGGAAGGACGGCCGCACAGAUCAUCCGUGAGCAGGACUUAGGGCUAGUUAGCGACGCCGCUGAGCUCCACAGAAUCUGCCAGAAGGUUGUAGACUCGCAUCCAGAGGAGGUUUGUGCCAUCAGGAGUGGAAAUAAGAAGGUUUUGAAUAAGCUGAUGGGUCUGGUUCAGAAAGAGACCAAAGGAAGAGCUGAUCCGGUUCUGGUGAGGGAGAUCCUAGAAGAGAAGACAUCAUGACACCAUCAUCGCUUAUUUGGAGCGAAACAGAUGCUGUGUGUCUGCUUACACAUAAUCACAGCCAGAUGUUUGCAGUUUGAUGAAACUCAUGUCCUGGAGUGGCUGCUUUGUAUAUAUUUAAGUGUCAUCAAGAAUCAUUGUUAUAACAAAUAUGAUCUAUAUUAAGCCAAUAAAGG